ACCCUGGCCAAUUGCGGCGUGAAAGUAUCCGUCUGGAGUAAAGUGCUGAAGAGUAACGCGGCCUGGGAAGACAAGGAUGAGUUUCUGGAUGUGAUCUACCGGUUUCGACAAAUAAUUGCAAUUAUUUUAGGUAUUAUCUGGGGAGUUGUUCCACUUAAAGGAUUCUUGGGAAUAGCAAUAUUUUGUCUCAUCAAUCCUGGGCUUCUGUACCUCUACUUUAGCAGUUUUCAGCAAGUAGACGAGGAAGAGUAUGGAGGAACAUGGGAACUAACAAAAGAGCGAUUCAUGACAUCUUUUGCAUUGUUUUUGGUUGUUUAA